GGAAUAUUGGGCCAUCUAUCACAGCGUGAGUAUAGACACUGCUCCACCAUACACUGACUUCCCUAUAUUGAUGGGGAGAGGGGCAGAGCCUGCACCCUGGGAGGACACUGGAAGGCUCUUCCUUCCAUAGACCAAGGGAUGAACACAUGGAGCAGUCUUUUGACACAUCAUUAGUCCCCUGCGGGAAGGACAAAUACAUUCCCAAGAAUGAGUUGCUGGCACAUCUGAAGAAUUACAAUUUCUAUUAUGAAGGACAGAACCUCCAGCUCCGACAUCGCGAGGAAGAGGGGGAGUUGAUCAUAGAAGGGUUACUCAAUAUUUUCUGGGGCCUGAGACGUCCUAUUCGGCUUCAGAUGCAAGAUGACCAUGAAAGAAUUCGGCCACCUCCAUCAUCUACAUCUUGGCAUUCUGGAUGCAAUCUGGUCACUGAAGGAAAAGUUGCUACGCCAGCCACCAUCCCUGACAUCCAGGUGACUGAGGUUGAGGAGGCCCCAGCCGAUGAUGAUAAUGAUGAGGAUAAAGCCUCUCAGGAUGAAGCUCCUCAGCUGAUGCGUACAAGGAGUGAUGUUGGAGUACGGCGUAGGGGUAACCUCCGCACCCCAGGAGAGCAGAGGCGGAUCAGACGCCAUAGGUUUUCAAUAAAUGGGCACUUUUACAACCACAAGACGUCUGUGUUCACUCCAGGAUAUGGCUCUGUGACAAAUGUCAGGAUUAACAGCGCCAUGUCCACCCCACAGGUCCUGAAACUGCUACUAAACAAGUUUAAGAUUGAGAAUUCUGCCUCAGAGUUUUCCCUUUAUGUAGUGCACACAAGCGGAGAGAAAAUGAAACUCAAGGACUCGGAUUACCCACUCAUUGCCCGGAUUCUGCAAGGUCCAUGUGAACAAGUGUCCAAAGUGUUUCUUAUGGAGAAGGAUCAAGUAGAGGAAAUCACCUAUGAUGUGGCACAGUACAUAAAGUUUGAGAUGCCUGUUCUGAGCAGUUUUAUUGAAAAGCUGAAGGAAGAGGAAGACCGAGAAAUCAUCAAACUCAUGAGAAGGUACACGUCGCUCCGGCUUCUUAUUGAACAACAACUGCAUGAACUGGCCAAUACUUCUGCAACAAUGUAGACCCCUUUGUUAUUUGUGAUUGAGCUGAGAUCAAAUGAGCCAGAUCCUUCCUCUGCUUGGCCCUCCCCCGAGGAACUAAGAUAUUCAAUAUUAAUACAACAAUGUUACAUUCAGCUAAUCUUUCUACUGUAUUGUAAGGCUUCCAGUAACACAGUCAUCCAGGGAGUAGUAUGUAAUUUCUAGGCUAGAAUAGGUGACCUCUGUAUAAUGUAUGUAGAAAUGGACCUGUAUCACUUUACUGGAGGUGGCAUUGGAUUCGUAAUGGGCGCCAUGUUUUCCUUAGACUAGUAGCAAUACAGAAAUGGACCAGGUUUUUCUAUGCUGAAAAAUAUUUCACCAAAUUGCAGAAAGGUUUGUAUAAACCAUUUGAAUGUAUGUGGAACCAAUGGCUUCCUAUCCCUACGGUUAUAGCCUGAAGCAAAGGCUUAUGGGUAAUUGUGAUAAAUAAGACACAAAGGUGUUUGUGUUUUUUUUUAGAAUUUUCCAGUUUAGAAGCACAAGGUGUAAAUACAGUUUUUAUUUUGUCAUUAUGAGAAAUCCAAUGUGUUUUAUGGUAUUUUGAAGAGCAGCUCCCUCAUUGAAGACUCUUUCCAGAAUGUAGUAGGGAAUUAGGUCCCGUUCCUUAGGAGGACUGGUUAGCUUUCUCGACAUGUCUCUUUUAAAAAGUGUAAUUUCGUAAUUUAAAUAGAAAUGCUGAAGAAGAUUUUCUUAAAUCUCUGUGUUGUGUAGAUCCUUAGGUAAUGCUGCUGGAAAGAAAGAAAUUAGAAAUAACUAGGCAUCACCAUUCCAUUUGGGUAGUGUUUCACCCUGUUAAAGAGGUUGGCCCGUUUCGCACUUUGGUGGCAUAUCGCUAGGAUAUGCCACCAGUGUCCAGUAUGUACAGGUCCCACCACAACCCAUCUCUAGAACAAAAUGAUCGCGGGUGCACAGCGCAAGCAUGGCCAUCCUCCAGUCACUGCUAUGAAAGUGCGAAAAAUAGCUGAGCACUGGCUUGGCUAUUUCUGGAUCUCCCGUAGAGGUGAAUAGGAGGUGGUCAUGCUUGUUCGGUGACUUCUUCAUUAACUUCUAUGGGAGAUCUGGAAAUAGUCGAGCGUGCUCGCUUGGCUCCUUUCUGAACGCCCAUAGAAGUGAAUGGAGAGCGCACUGCACAUGUGUAGUGUGUUUUCCUUUACUCUGAGGUCCUCAAUCUAGAGAUAAGUGCAGGUCCCAGAGAGAACCGCACUUAUCGGACAUUGGUGGCAUAUCCUAUCCUUCUCUUCAACCAGCUGAUGAGCGGGGGUGUCGGGUAAUCAAUAGAUCAUCAAUAUUAAAAUCCCAGAAAACCCCUUUGAGUUAUUUAUACAUUUGCAAUAAGUAUAAGAGGAACAGCACAAUAUGGAGUUCUGAGAAAAAUUGCUCAAACUUUUUUAUCUUGCAAUGUGCAAUAUAAGACUAGAACAGACAUGUCGGAAACUCUGACAGGUAAUAUGACUGCUCUAUUCAUAUUCCUAAUGGGAGUGAUUCCUGCAAUAAACCACUAUUAUGGAAUCGCUGUUUAAAGGCAAUGGGCAUCUUUGAUAUGGAUUUUUUUUUAAAUAUAUAACAGUGGUUACUUUGAGUAAAAAAAAAAAGUUGCA